AGAAAAGGGAAUUAUGAAGCAAGAAACAGUUGUGCUCAUUGUUGGAGCUGGCCCUGCUGGCAUAGCUACUUCUGCUUGUCUAAAUCUGAAAAAUAUUCCUAAUAUAAUUUUAGAAAAAGAUGACUCUUUUGCUUCUUUAUGGAGAAAAAGGUCUUAUGAUAGGUUGAAACUUCACUUAGCAAAUCAAUUUUGUGAACUUCCUUACAUGUCAUUUCCUCCAAAUUCACCUACUUUUGUGUCCAAAACUGGUUUUAUUGAAUACUUAGAUAAUUAUGUUUCAAAUUUUAAUGUUCAUCCCUUGUAUCAACGUACUGUCGAGUCUGCAUUUUUGGAUAAUGUUGAUUGUAAAUGGCAUGUUAAGGCGAUGAACAUCGAAAAAAAUAUCGUUGAGAAUUAUGUUGCUAGCUUUCUUGUUGUUGCAACUGGAGAAAAUAGUGAAGGUUUUGUUCCAAAAAUUGAAGGGUUAGAUGAGUUUGAUGGAAGGAUCAUGCAUUCAAGUGAGUACGGAAAUGGCAAAAGUUUUGAGGAGAAAGAUGUUUUAGUAGUUGGUUGUGGAAAUUCUGGUAUGGAAAUUGCCUAUGAUUUGUCCAAUUGGGGUGCUCGGGCCUUCAUUGUUGUUCGUAGCCCCGUACACGUUCUCACCAAGGAAAUGAUCCAAAUGGGAAUGUUUCUAUUGAAAUACAUUCCUUGUAAUGUUGUCGACCAAAUGGUGACGUUGUUAAGUAGAUUAACAUAUGGUGAUCUUUCUGUCUUUGGGCUAACUAGGCCUAACAAGGGUCCCUUUUAUCUUAAGAAAGCUACUGGUAAAUCGCCUGUUAUUGAUGUUGGAACAUUGAACAAAAUCAAACAAGAAGAAAUCAAGGUUUUACCUUCGAUCAGGAAAAUAGAAGAAAAUUAUGUUAAAUUUACUAAUGGUAAGAGAACACAAUUUGAUGCGUUGGUUUUUGCUACGGGGUACAAAAGCACAGUUACAAAAUGGCUCAAGGAUGAUGGUUUGCUAUUCAAUGAAAAUGGGAAGCCAAAAAAGGGAAGUCCUUGUCACUGGAAAGGGGAGAAACGUAUUUAUUGCGUUGGAUUUGCAAGUGCUGGUUUAUUUGGAAUUUCAUCUGAUGCUAAGAAUGUAGCUGAAGAUAUCAAUAGGAUUUUGAUGCACAUUUGAUCCCUCCAUAAUUUAAGUAGAUGUUUCUAGUGCAAGUUUUAAAGUAUGCGGAACGUCUUUGUAAGGAGCAAUUUCAAUUUUAGUGGAUCAUAUACGA